GUCAUUAAGUUUGACAGUUCAGGGGCAGACGUGUAAUUAUUUUUGUUUUCCAUAUUGGAAUUCGGAAAUAGAAAAUAGUUUGCGAUAUUCAUUAGUUUCCUUGCGGCAAUGGCGGGCUACUCAGAAGAUCAGCUAGCUGAAUUCCAGGAAGCAUUCCAGCUGUUUGAUUCUCGUGGCGAUGGUAAAAUUCAUGUUGCUCAAAUUGGGGAUGCUUUAAGAGCUCUAGGACAAAAUCCAACUGAGUCAGAUGUCAAAAAGUGUACCUUGCAUCUAAAACCUGAUGAAAGAAUUUCCUUUGAGGUGUUCUUGCCUAUUUACCAGGCAAUCUCCAAAGCACGUAGUGGUGAUACAGCUAAUGAUUUCAUAGAAGGUCUACGUCACUUUGACAAAGAUGGCAAUGGCUUUAUAUCAUCAGCUGAGUUGCGCCAUCUGCUCUCCACCCUUGGGGAAAAACUUAGUGAUGAUGAGGUGGAGCAGUUGCUUCAAGGUCAAGAAGACUCGCAGGGCAACAUCAACUACGAGAACUUCGUGCACCUCGUCAUGCAGGGCUAGGCCAUGGCUUGUACAAAUUCCAACAUAAAUAGUGAAUAAUUAUUGUGAGAGCCUUAAAUUUCCAUUGAUAUUUCCAUUUUCUCUAAAAAUUCCAAUAUGUUAUUGUAUUUUUAAGAUAUUUUAUACUAACUUAGUGUAGGUAUGUAACUGUACAAAUAUAUUUAACAUUAAAAUAAAACUACCAAUAUCAUGUAAAACUUCAGUAUUUUAUUGUCACUUACUUCAUAAUUAUAUCCGUUAUUUUGAUAAAGU